UUGCCUUAUCUGCCUUAUAUGCAUCAAGAACAAGAAUAUAAACUCUAGUGCCACUAAAAUGGCAAUUAAUCAUGCAACUACAUGAUUAGAAGGUACUAGUUUAACCAAAUGAAAUGCGAGUUUUUUAGACUUAUAUUGCCGAGCGCACAACGUACGGCGAUAUGUUGAAGUUGCUGGUAGCAUUCAGUUUGUUAACAUGUAACUUUGGUUCUGGUCACGUGAGGGUUAACAAGGGAACUGACGUCGAGGAGAACGAAUAUCCUUUCGUAGUGGUGCUAUUUAUCACGAGCAUAAGACGAGAGCAUGGAUUCUAUAGGAAGUGCACAGCAUCCAUGCUAACGCGUGACUGCGCCCUUACCGCGGCGCACUGCGUCACAAAUAAAAAGAAAAGGUUCUACAUAUGGUACGGAAAUUAUACUGUGUCUCCACUACUCAGUAAUAUGUAUACUCCGAUAAUAGAAAAAAUCAGAUAUCCAGGUUUUCGUUACGAAUUUGACAAAAAGAAACGAGUGUUGAGAAUCGAGCAUGAUAUUACUUUACUCCGAGUCGAAAGGAGUAUUACUCUAGAAAGAUAUGGAAGAGUGUCGUCUCUAGAGUACUGGAACGUGAUGGGAUCUCCUGUGAAGUUUGUGGGAUGUGGAAGAACUGAUAAGAACGGCGAUGAUCAGCUGCGGCCGCUGCAGGCAGGCGCGGAAGUUACCUCUCAGUGUAGUUUGAAGACGAGGCAAUUGACAAACUUCGUACUCUGUGUUUCUCCGCCGAACAACGCCUCUGCAAGCACGGCUGGUGGCGACUCUGGCGGUCCUCUGUUACAUGAGGAUAAAAUUGUCGGUCUUCUAUCCUUUGGUGAUGAUAAAGAAGAUGCUUACGUGCCUAUCAGCCCUUAUAUCACUUGGAUCAGUAGUAAGUUUAGACUACACACUAAAAAUAAAGUGAAAUGCAGUUAGAUUACUUAAGUAAUGUAUCUUCUCGACGUCGUAGAAAGGACUGGUACUGCUUUGGGUCACUGGAGCUCCGGCUCGAGGCAAGAGUUGAAACUGAGUUUUUAUAUCAUUAAGAGUCUGACACUCUCUCUUGCCUUACCCAAGUCAAGACAAGCCAUUGGAUGUUUUUGCCCCUUAAAAAAAAAAAAAAAAGAUUUUGUGAUAGUAUAAUUAUGUGUACUUUAUGAUGUAUUUAACGUAGGAAUAUCUUCAUAUUUUUGUAUUUUGCC